AUGAAGAUGAGUAAACACAUGUAUUCUACAGCAAAUUUAUCAGAUAAGGAACUGAAAGAACAAGGCAAUCGUCUCUUUAAUUUAAGAAAAUAUGACGAAGCUAUAAAUUGUUAUAGUAAAGCAAUCAUCAAAAAUCCAGAUAUUGCUCAUUAUUUCACAAACAGAGCCCUGUGUUAUCUAAAGUUACUAAAAUGGGAACAAGCCUGUACGGACUGUCGCCGUGCCCUGGAUAUGGAUUCAAAUUUGGUUAAAGGACACUUUUUUCUGGGACAAGCUCUUUUAGAAACUGAUAAUUAUGAUGAGUCAAUUAAACAUCUACAAAGAGCAAAUGACUUAGCUAAAGAACAAAAACUAAAUUUUGGUGAUGACAUAGCUGCCCAACUAAGAGCAGCUAGAAAGAAAAGAUUUUCAAUUCAAGAAGAAAAAAGAAUUGCCCAAGAAAUAGAACUGCACUCUUAUUUAAAUAAGCUUAUAGAAAAGGAUAAGGAAGAAAAGAUCAGUUUUAUCAAAACUAGAGAAGGAGACAAUGAAAAUACUCGGGAAAGAAUGCAAGAUAUCAAUGAAAAGUGUGAAAACUAUUUAAAUGAGUUAAAUCAGCUUUUUAUGAAGGUAGAUGAUAGACGAAGAAAACGGGAAGUACCUGAUUAUCUUUGUGGAAAAAUUAGUUUUGAAAUUCUCCAAGAACCUGUUAUAACACCUAGUGGUAUCACAUAUGAUAAAAAAGACUUGGAAGAACAUCUUCAAAGAGUUGGACAUUUUGAUCCCGUCACUAGAGUAAAAUUAACUCAAGAUCAGCUGAUUCCGAAUUUUGCAAUGAAAGAGGUUGUUGAUGCUUUUUUGGGUGAAAAUGAGUGGGCUUUGGACUAUUGA